CUCACGAGUGCUGCAAAUAUUCUUGAUACUCCGUAUCACGCUAUCAUCCAAAUUUGUUUUUGCUGCCGUCCAAAAGAAGAAUCUUACACAAGUACAAGAGGAUCACUUGAGCUUGGAAAAUCUGUGUUUGAACCUUUCAAAUGAACUAGACUACGACACUACGGUCCUCCUGAAUGACUACUGGACCUCUGUCUACGAAUGGAGCAACGGUUUUCCGUCUGGAUGCCAUCACUUACAAAUCACUAUUCCUACACGGGAGGACGUUCGUUAUUACUUCUUCAUGCGACAUCACCUAGCGGCGCAACCUGAUUGGAAGUCGGCAGCAUUUGUCAUGAAGAUACAGAUGCAGAACCAAACCAACAGCAUGAUGUUAUUCCGCAAACGAAACAGCACAAAAGGCUCUUUCAACAUCGUCCCGAAAAUUGAUCAUUACAGAAUAUUAGAACCAACGCAAUUGGAAAAGUUCCCAUUGUUCAGCACCGAUUUGAAGAUACUGUAUGCGGGAGACACAGACUGUCCCGGUCAAGUAUUCUUGUUUUACAUGAUGUGCAAAGUUGGAAUCAGCAUGUACACACGGGUCGACACACAUGAGAACCGGCGGUGUCCAAGCCAACAGCUCAUAAACAGAGUUAUAAGAAAAGUGUCUCUACCUGGCGGGUCUUUCAACUGUCGUAGGCGCAGAAAGAUGAAUACUUCGAAGUUUACCGUGAAGAAGAAAGCGUCUUAGAAGUAGUUUUAAUAAAAA